UACCGAUGACAUUAAUCGAAUUCUCCGUUCGCACAUUUUACAAAUAUUUUCAAGUUUCAACGCAUUUUCGCGAUGUUGUUGCCGCCAGAUCGUUUGGAGCACUAUAAAUCCAGUUUGGAGCAAAUGCUGAAGCGCUUGGCCAUCAGCAUAAGGAGCUACUUGGUGCUGAAAACAACUGAAACAUCUGAAUUGUCGAAUCAAGCGAGUCGCUUGUGGGAACUGAGCCAACGUUAUCGACUGGUCAAGGGUACCAAUCAGGCUGCCACUUUCGCCCUGCUCGCUGUGUGCCAUGAUGUUUACCAAAAGCUGCAGGACAGCAUAUUGAAACUAGCUUGCGAACUAGAUCAGAUAUCCGCCCAAGUAGCCGACUUCGAGAUCGAGUGCCUGCAAUUCGGCCAAGAGCAUAGACAAGGCAAAGCGCCUCCGAGUUUAACCGAAUUCCGGGUUUUCCUGGAGGAAUCCCUUAAGCUGCUCCAGAAUCAGGUCAAAUAUCUGGAGCUCCAUCUGCGCCAGCUGCAACCCAAGUUCUCGGCCCCGGAAUCCGCACUGGAGGCCUUCAGAUCCGAUCUUCAACUGCCUGAGCACGCAGAGGCGCGACUCCUUCUAGGACUGGCCAGGGCCGACAAGUUGCCCAGUUUUCCACUGGCUUUGUAGAGGGAAACUGUCUUGUUCUUGUAAAUAGCUGAGAAAGCUGUGGUCCUAAACCACAGCUAAUAGUUUCUUAAUUCUGUGACACAAACAAUUGCCCCAAACUUCCUUAUCUAUACUUAAGUAUCUUCUUAGGGCUAUUGCCCUUUAUUGUGAGUUGAAUACAUACAAAGAUGACUGGA